GUAGAUGUCCUUCGAUUGUCAAAAAUCAUUUUUAUCCAAUCCAACGACCAAUUUUAAGCCAAGAGUCCGCGCGCAUUCCGGAUAAGAAUUUUCUUUGACAUUUCGCGAGAGUCGUCGUCACAGAAGAAACAACAACAAUCCUUCCGUACUGCAUUGCAUCCGAUCCAGAGUUGUCUCGCUCCAACAGCAACCGCGCUAUGGCACAAGCGUCGCCUGAUUGUGUACGUUGAAAAGGGAAGGAACUAGUCUUAACGGCAAGCGAAGCCGACCACGAGCCACACACACAGCCACACUGCGUCUCGGCCCAGCGACAGAAAGGGAAGACAACGUGUGCCAUCGGUAACGGGUUACCGGCUGUGCGGUGAAGUGAGCACGAUGUAGAUGUGUGGAGAGGAAAAAACGAGCGAGAGACGAAUUUAGACGAGUUUUGUGUUGUGUUUAGAAUUUUCGGUGGACAGGUAGCCAACUGGCAGUCAGGCGGCCGGUCAAGUUAAUCGAAUUGCGGGACUGGGAACUCACAGGACAUCUGACGGGAAGGAAACGCCAGGCAGAGCCACGCAGCAGGGACAGGAGUAGCCGCGGCAACGAUCAGCAGUAGCCCAAGGACCUCAAGUUAGAGCCUCCGCCCCGGCGAACAGAAUCACCCGCGACUGCCGCUCGCAUUCGCGCCAGCCCGAGCCGGGACGCAACUGAUAGCAGGAGCUGUCCGGCCGACAUCCAUCCAACCCCGGCAGCGGCAGGGAUCGUCUUUUUGUACCCGUCGCAACGGUCCGGCCGAAAAGCAGCGAAGCGUCGACAAUGGACGGUUUGGUUAUGUUUCUGUCAAACGUCGCGUAGGAAACAGUUGUUUACAGGUGAACUAGCAUAUCGAAAAAAGCCGUAUCUAAUGCUGUGAUAAAAAGUGCUUUCCUAACUAAUCUCAAUCAAGAACAUACACAGAUCGUGCCACAACAUCGAAAUGGAAACAAUGCAAGUUCGUAUUUUUUAAUUUCUUCAACCAAAAGUAAAUAACCAGAACCACGAGAACAACACAAAUAUGCGGCGUAUGGGAUACUGUUGAUAGGUAAAGGGCUUCGCUUUCGCUUCUAAUCUCUUCCGAUACAGUUUUCACUCGACAAUUUGCUGCAUGUUGCAAUCACAAUAACAACUAGCACUCGUUAGAUGAAACGUUACAAAUUGGUAGGGCUUAAAACGGAUUCAGGCUCAUAGACACACACGACUACUUUUAUUUAAGCUAAAAGUUCGCAAUUGUUGUUACUGUUCAGUUUAACAUAUUAAGGCAUCACAUAUCGCCACGAAAUGUUCUCUUCUGAUAUAAAAAUUAUAUCAGUUACCAGCAAAAGCAAGGACGGCGGCUGCAAUCGUGAAGUAUUGUCAUCAUCAUCACCAUCGUCACUUGUCGAUUUGAAGCAAAUCAAGAGUCAAUUCUCCUCGAUAAAUGAACAAAAAUUCGGCGGCAGUAAUACCAGUGGCAAGUUUAGUAAUUACACUCAUCACAAUCGGUACGGUAGUCACCAUAGCAAACACAGCGGUGGUAAUAAUAAGCACAGUAGCGGUAGUAAACAUCUGAAGAAGGCUAACAAGUUUAAUAUUGCGAGUUGCGAGAAGAUAAUAUUGAACAACAACAACAACAACGCCAGCAAGAACCAGAAUAUAUCCCAGAACAAAAUCAAGUCCCUCAGUACUAACAAUAAUAACAGUAUCAGUAUCAAUAACAAUAUUUUAGACAAUAACAAUAUUAAUAUUAACAAUAAAUUCAAACUGACGCCGCCCCGAACAAAAGCCUCGCUCACGAAGAUUAACGAGUAUCUAAUUAGCUGUUCCGCGAGACAAACGGAAAAGGAGGAGCAAGAUUCAAUGGUUAUGAAUAACACACCAAAGACAACUCAAACUCUUACAUCAGUGGCCACAUCAUCAUCCGCCCCGCCUCCCACAUCGCCAGCUUCAUAUACUUUAGACUUUCUGCACUCAGUAGGCGUACAAAUGACUGCGGGCACGAAUCGCGCUUACCUACCCUCAGCGUCGCCGUCACGGCAUACCAGCCAAUUCGUUAAUUCCAGCUCACAUCGAUGCGGUGGUGGCUACAGUAAUCAGGAGGACACUGCGCCCUCGGUGACAAGCGCCACCGCAGGAGCCCCCAAUAUAAACGGUAGCCAUCCGAAAUCAAAUUACAAAGACUAUAUUAGUUUCAACUCAUCUGGCUCGUUGAGUGCAAACCCUCGGAACGCUUCCCUUUCCAUACCGACUAGUCCUUCAUUUUCAUAUCGGAAUGCUUACGGAUAUCAAGCCCCCCAUAACUACCCGAACCAUGGUAAUCGCAGCUAUAAUGCUCAUAUACAGUACCAUUCGAUGGGAGGCGGAAGCGGCAUUAAUAGCGGACAUACUUUCAACGGCUACAACCGGAAUCAAGUGCAGAAAAAGAGCUGGGGAGGACUGAACCAGCUGAACUUGAAAAAGUGCUGCAAUAUGAAUAUGAACAAGUACGGAAGCGUCUCGACAAGUAACUUAGGUAGUCCACAAACUUUACCACGCACUCGAAAUCAACAGAACCUACGGAAUCUCACAUAUGUUCACACCGACUCAGGCCGAAUAAUUGGCAAUAGCAGAUCACCCACCCCUAGCCCGAAAUCGGAAAGUCCGUCCCUUUAUAAGGCACCGCAAAAUCUACAAGACUGCAACGCUGCCAUUAUGCAAUCCAAUGGAUCAGCAGAUCAAGGAAAUAGUUUGAUUGCGACGUCGGCUCCGUCAAUUGAUAUGAACAACACAAACGGUGCUAUGAAUGGUUACGAAUCAGACUCGUCGCAUUCAAGCUAUCGACAUAACGAAUUUGCCUACAGACCGACAGCGAAGGCGAUGACAGUUUCUCCAAAUUUCCAAUUGGGGGAAAUGCCUCCACUUAUCAAUUUGUCGGCUCUCUCAGAAGAUGGUCUUAAAAACCACGCUCACUACUAUGGUUCGCAUCAGAACCUAACAUUCUGGAAUUCAGCUGUAAAUUCUACCUACAGUCCGCAUAGUCUAUACAGCACGAGCGGAUCAGGAUCUUCAGAAGGUGGCAGUCAGUAUUUGGGCGAAGGAAACUUUUCACAAAAGCGGAGGUACCAGUCACAUAAUCGAUCGUAUCGGGGGCGUCGUAAUAUCUAUCCGAAUUUUCGGGCUCAUACAUUUCACGAAAACAUGUUUACGCCUCCUGAUCGAUUCUUAGCCCGUGCCCACCUGGUUGAAAUUAAAGAAAGUCCUGAGACUCUUCUGAAUGGUACAAAAUGGGAUCAAUUGUCACAAGCGAUCUGGGAUAAAUUCAUGAUGUCACAGCAGCGUGAAGAGACGUACAGACGGAAAAUGUACUUGUGGCGGUAUUUAUAUGUAACUAUAAAAAAAGCACAUCCGCGCUAUGGCCUUUAUUUAGUGGGUUCAACUAUAUCCGGAUUUGGUGCUGAUACAUCCGACGUUGAUAUGUGCCUCGUAUCGCGAACAAAUACGGGAAUGGAUGCUCGCAUGGAAUCCGUGUUAAAUUUGAAUCGAUUGAAGGACUAUUUAGAAUCCACAGGCGUUUUCGAACAAUUCAAUUUGAUUGAAGCAAAAGUGCCCAUCCUAAGGUUUCGCGAUUCCAUGCACAAUUUGGAGGUUGACUUGAACUUUAACAAUUGUGUAGGCAUUCGUAAUACGCACCUGUUACAUUGCUAUGCGCAGCUGGAUUGGCGAUUGCGUCCCUUGGUUCUGGUAGCCAAACUAUGGGCCCAGUGUCACAAUAUAAACAACGCCAAAAAUAUGACAAUAUCGAGCUACUCACUAGCCUUGAUGGUUAUUCAUUUCUUACAGUAUGCUGUAGAUCCACCCGUUUUGCCGUGUUUACAUGAGAUGUAUCCGGAGAAAUUUCAUAUAUUGCUAAUGUCAAAUGAUUUUGGUUUCGUCGAUAUGAACGAAGAAAUUGAGCCGUAUGCAUCUCAGAACACACAAACGCUGGGCGAACUAUUUCUACAGUUUCUCGAGUAUUACAGCAAUUUCGACUAUUCCCAGUAUGCAAUAUCAAUACGGACAGGGACCGUACUGCCAAUAGAGAUUUGUCGCCAAGCGAAAACCUCAAAGAACGACAUACGCCAAUGGAAGGAAUUAUGCAUUGAAGAACCAUUUGAUCUCACCAACACUGCCCGCUCCGUUUAUGAUUGUGAAACAUUUGAACGUAUCAAAGCCGUCUUCAUAGCAUCGUGGAAAAUUCUACAGGAAACCAUGGACUUGAAUGCAAUCUUUUCACCUAUUGUCACCGCAAGUCUAAAUCAAGUGCCAUUGAACAUAACAACAACAAUAUCAUGAGACACGGAGUAUACCCCAAUGUGUAUUUCAAGCUACAUUCAGAUGAUGUUCGAAAAGAGAAGGUCAAUUACUUUAUUCCCUACGCCCAGUCCAGAGUACAAGAAGCAUCACCGCAAACACAAGUCAAAGUUGAGAACAAACGAGAACAAAGAACUAGAUCCCAUGAAUCCUAGCAAAAUUGCACGAAACCGGAUCAGAAGAAAUUGUACAACUUUUUUUAGAACAAUCCUUUUUUCGUUUGUUACUAAGUUAUUUCGUUUGCAAGAAUAUUUAGUAUUAGCACAAGAGUAUUUGGCAUCAGUAUAGUACUUGAUUCUUCUUCAUAAGUUUUAUAUUCAAUUACAAAUGAAAAAUCCACCAAAAAAAAUUAAUAAACGAAAAUAUCUAAUAAAAAAAUAAUAAAAAAAUUAACACUCAAAAAAAUGACAAUAACAAAAAUAAAAUAAAAAAAAUGUUAAUUGUGUGUAAUUGAAUAUGAACUGAAUCCUGUCGCGAGCACGUCAUUGUAGUGUUGAUUCUCAAUUUUAUAUAUUUUUUAUUAAACAAUUUAAAAUAAAAUCCAACUAAAAACACAAUCGAUGCAGAAAAAGAAUAAAAUGGAAAAUUAAAAACAGCCUGGAUGCCAAAUAUGAACUUGUUUCUCAAGCUUCGUUUAAUGCUUAUAACAUAAUAUACGAUGCCCCAAAAAUAUUAAAAUAAAAUAAAAGAAAAAAACUAAUAAAAAAUAAAAAAAUAACUUAAAAAAAAAUUACUCAAGCUUAAAAGAUAUCAACAGCAGAAAAAAUCAAAAUAAGCAAUAAAAAUUUCAUUCCCAGAAUGCAUAGAAUUAAGAUGCAAACUUAUUUAUUAUAUUAUUUAUUACUGUUAAGAUUGUAAAAGCAAAAAAAUUCGCAGAUUAAGAGAAAUGGCAAAAUGGAAAAAAGAUGAUCUGUGUCCAAACCUUUACAUCUAAAAAUGCAGAAAAAAAUCUAUUUGUUGAUAUGUAUUUUUGUACGGCAACUUUUCCACUGCGUCCUCUUUUAGGACGGCAGAACGGUCCAUUUUAGAACAUCCUUUUUCGCUGCGUAAGCUCUGUCCUGAGAGUUUCCGCAUUGCAUUUAUUUUCUAUCGUUUUCCAUGGAAUCAGCAGAGCUGAUGUAAAACAGUAUCUGAUGGAAUAUUUCGUUGGAAUGGAUAAAUUUUCGAAAAUUACUAGCGCAAAGUUUAAAAAAAAAGAAUGUCUGCCGUUACGGGUUUUACAGGACGAUUCCAUCAGAUCCGUUUAAAGAGCAAAAAAAUGUUAAAUUCCGUACAAAAGUGUCCUUAAAAAUCGUUGAUGUAAUGUUAUAAAUUUCUGUCCCAAAUUUCAAUCCACCAAUCAAUAAAUUUCAAAUUUAAAUUUUGUAGAUAUUCAGGUUCAGGUUCAUAGUGCACUGCAGGGACUAAAUUGUGAAUAUUGUAUUGUAAUCAUCUAAAUUCGAGUAGAAUCAAAUUGUUCCUAAUCGUCCAAGAAGGUAAUGAGGUGUAAAGUACAAAAAGAUUGUAAAAAGAUGUGCAGAUCGCGACUGUGAGAAGUCCGUUACAAAUAACGUUUACAAUGGCUAAAUCAAAUCUUGCGUAGAGUUCAUCAACGGUCAGAUAUUUCAUCUUUUUUAUUUUGAUAGAGCUUAAAGUGUUAAUAGAUCCUUUUUCUUUUUGUUAAGCAAAUGCCCUUCCUGCUUCAUGCUUUCUCCCUAUUGCUCAAUUAUCGACGGUUAUUGUGGUUGAGAAAAAUUCAAAACUACUCGAACAUUAUCUGCACAUCUUUCUAUCUAACCAACAAGUUGUAAUCGAAAAUUAAUGUAUUUAAAUAAAUUUGCCGAAAUAAAAAUAAAUUAUAAAUAA